UUACAGUUGCGGAGAUCCCCUUUUUGCAGAUGCCAAAGGCAAAAGCCCAGAGUUCCUUUCUCUCUCCUCCGAUACUGCUCUACAAUGGCGAACGAAACCCCUUCCUCUCCGCCGUCGCCGCCUCUCGCCGACAGCUCCGACGCCGAGCGCCGCCUGCGCGAGGCUGAGGAUCGCCUUCGGGAGGCCAUGGAGGAGCUGCAGCGCCGCCAGCGCCGCGCCGCUGCUUGCGGUCCCCCGCACCACCCGCCGUGUCACCACGCCGGCGACGAGUCGUGCGUCGCCAACGCCAUUGGUAAUCUCUGCCAGAGCUUCCUUCUCUCCUACGGCGUCCGCGUCGGCAUCGGCAUCCUCCUCCGCGCCUUCAAGCUCGCCCGCCGCCAGUCCUAUUCUUCGCUCCUCGAUCUUAAGCAACUUGUCUCCGAAAAGGACCUUAUUGUAAGAGAAGAAGCAUGCCGUAUUGGCUUAUUUUUUGGUGGUUUCACGGGCUCUUACCACGCCCUUAGAUGCUUGUUGAGAAAGUUGAGGAAGAAAGAGACACCACUAAAUUCAAUUUUAGCUGGUUCAGUUGCUGCUUUGUCUAUUUUAGCUUUAGAUGAUUCAAAUCGGAGGCGCACGCUUGCGCUAUAUCUUUUAGCCAGGGUAGCACAGUGUGCUUAUAAUUCUGCAAAGUCCAAGAACAAGUUCCACCUUUGGGGAAGUCAUUGGAGCCAUGGGGACUCUCUGCUCUUUGCCUUUGCAUGCGCGCAGGUUAUGUAUGCCUUUGUUAUGCGUCCUGAGACCCUGCCAAAAGCAUAUCAAGAUUUCAUUCAGAAGACUGGGCCAGUUGCACAGCCCGUGUACAAGGCUGUGAGGGAUUGUUGCAGAGGCUUUCCGGUGGAUUUUGCGUCUCUCUCUGCCUUUUUGUCUGAUAAAAAGAACUCCAACCAUGCAAAGUUGGAAGAGUUUCCCUCAAUCAUCCCUUGUUCUGUUAUUCACCCUGACACAAGUUCUUGUUUAGCUCAUAAUGCAAAUGCAACAUCGGCUACAUUCCGGAAAACGUUUCCUCUUUAUUUCUCUUUGACGUUUGUACCAUUUGUUGUUCUUCACCUCCAGAAGUUCAAGGAUGCUCCCGCUCGAACCUGUUGGCUAGCUCUUAAAGGUGCCGUUCGCUCAACAGCAUUUUUGUCUGCUUUUGUUGGAAUAUUUCAGGGAGCCAUAUGCUUACAUAGAAAAGUUGCACCAAAAGACCACAAGCUCGUAUAUUGGAUUGCAGGUGGAAUAUCUGCACUUUCAGUAUUAAUAGAGAAAAAGGCUAGACGUAGUGAACUUGCUUUAUAUGUACUUCCACGCGCCGGAGAUUCUUUAUGGUAUAUCUUAGUGAACCGCCACUUGUUACCGGAUAUCAAGAAUGCUGAGGUGUUCCUGUUUUGUAUGUGUAUGGGAGGAAUCAUGUAUUACUUGGAACAUGAGCCUGACACAAUGGCUCCGUUCCUAAGGGGUCUGAUUCGCCGCUUCCUUGCAAGCAGAAUGAGCAAUCCUAGCCCUCCACCAAACCGGAACGCUUCCUACACUUACUUAACUCUUGAUGUCAUGAACAAACCAAAACUGCAAGAGGGCCAAGAUGCUAAAGCUUCGCCUUCUGCCAAAUACAAUCUUGAAUCCAUACCGGGACUGUAAGUCAUAUCUGGGGUAAGGUCACCAGAGAUGCACAGACCGAACCCCAUAACUUUUAGAAAAUUUUUCUUACAGUUUCGGGGGAGAUUUAUUAUUCACUGAAAUUCAAUGAUUUUUAGCUUCUACUCAUUCUUUUCCGGCACCAUUCUUGUAUAAAAAUCAAAGUCCAGCAUCUAAUGUACUGUAACUCUAU